CGAGCUAUGGGUUCACAUGGCAGUCACGUUCACACUGGAAGAUUAUGCCGGAUCGUGACGAAGCCGAUCGAUCCCCGUCACAGUGAUUGAUGUAGGGCUGAAGGUGUAAUUUACGUUCAAAGAAAUGUCAUCGAGAGCCUGCCCGAGCGAGGCAAUCGCGAAGGGUUGCAAGAAGGUAUCGUCUUCCUUCUCGGAGCCUGUUGCGCAUGCAUACACGAUCGAGCAAGAUCGAAGGACGGUGCUGAAGAUAGAUACUGAUGCCCACCGCGCAAGGUGCCAGAGGGCACAACGAUGACAAGGCCGGCAUUCAGAUGCUCAUGGCAGCCGAGCAAGAGGCGCAGCAGAUCGUCAAUAGCGCCCGGAAUUCAAGGGCAUCGAGAUUGCGAGAAGCCAAGGGCGAGGCAGACCGAGAGGUUUCGCAGUAUCGAGCAAGCCGUGAAUCAGAUUUCCGAAGAAAGCUUUCAGAGGCAACUGGAGACUCAGGAGCAAUAACCAAACGCAUCGAAGCUGACACUCUUCAAAGGCUGCAAGCUUUGACUGCUAUUGCAAACCAAUCUACCGAGAGGGUAUCCGCACUGCUGGUAAGCUGGGUCACAAGCGUGAAGAACGACUUUGGAGAUGACGCGGACUUUGAAGAUGACGCGGAGUGACAGAAAUUCUCUCCACCAGUCUACUGGAGAUGACAAUGCAGGAACUGGAGAAGUAACUGAAGGUCAAGUAACACGAGUUUUGAACGAACGACAGUGACAGUUUCAGUGCGGAAUCAUGAUCUCGUUCUAUAUUCGAAUCCUUUUCUACGUAUUUGUGCAAUCUGUUAGGAUUUCGCCCGUUCAUGGAAGAUCGGAUUAUAUAUACACACAGUGGGCAUGGUAUGGGGUGUCCAGACGGAUUUUUCCUUCCUAUGGUCUCCACAUCCACAGAGAUUUUAAACUUGAUCUAAAGUCAUUUUCUUCACCUCGCGGGCCACGUGCACCUGGUUGGUAUGAUGCUUUCGAACAUGGGUUCCAACCUGAUGUCUAGAUCAGUCCAAAUUAUCGUGCGUUUCGAUACUGGCUCCAGAAGGAUGUCAGCUUGGAUCGUUUAACAAUUUGAAGCACAAAUGAAGGUAAGGUUAAGAUGAACAAUAUACUAGUAGGGUCUACCAUAAUUUUCCUUUGUCGAUAAGUGCUCUAUUUCCUCUUGAAUACAUGCAACGUACGAUGCACAUAGCUACAUGAAGCGUAUAUUAAGACUUCGAGCGUUCGAUUAACAGUGCGCGUGGCAAGCAGUAGUACACAUGCGGUAUUGGACACUGAGGAACUCUGAAGAUUGGCCAAGUUUUAGUUUUCGUGAGCUUCGGGGCAGAGAUCGCUAGGCGUAAAUUCAACUGAUUCAUUCGUUUUUUCUUUGUACGACAUUGCUUUCUUCGAUGGACACGAGUGGAGCGUAGUGCACGAGGCUCUGUAGACGUAUACGCCGUAGGGUCGUGAACAUUUCUGGACAUGUGAAAGAAGGCGUGCUCUAGCGGAAUUCCGCAGCUCUUGUUUGAAAUAACGAUGUUUAUGCCUGUGAGCGUCGUGGCCUCAAAAACUGGAAAUAUAUCAUGCGGGAAAAGUCAGAAAGUUAAAUGAUAGAAAAGAAGUUGCAAGCUCUUGAUAUCCAACGAGGAAUUUUGACGAAGGAAACAGAUGAACAGAAUUCGUGAAAGCUGAUUCUUGGCCGGAUACGUGCAUAGUUGUCUAAUUGCGUCUGCCGUUUAGUGAAACAGGUUCCGUUCUCCCACGAAUCCAACAUACACGAAAUGUACACAUAAACUC